AUGUAUAAACCUUCCUUCAUUCCUUCAUCCACUUAACCAAAAUAUAUCUCUUAUGUUAGAUAUAUUCAACCUCCUCUCUAAAGCAUUAUUAAAACAUAAACAUCUCAGUUACAUUAUUCUGUAUUUUAAUAAUCUAUAAAAUAGCCAAUUCCUACAACAAUAGUCUAUCAUAUUUAACCAAUUAUACCUGUUAGACAUAGCAAUUCAAUUUAUUAAUCUUAUUAAACAAGAAUUGUGAAUCCAUUAACUUAAUAAAUGGUCUUAAAUACUUCCUAUUAACAUUAACCAUAUGUGAGAUAAUCUAUUCCAAUUCAAGCAUAAUAAUAACUAUAUACAUAAUCCUUCCAUUAAUAAUCAUCAGUUAAUUAGCCUAGAUAAUCCAAAUAAGCUCAAUCUAUGUCUACUUAUUAAGCUGCACCAUCAUAUCAACAUAACCAAUAAUACUCCUAACCUCCUAUCUUAUAAUAAUAAGAAGAUGAUCUUGAAAAGAAAUUUCAAGAUGCUAUUGAUCGAACUAGAGAUUUAGUGCAUAAGUACAAUAAACCUUAACAAAAAAAUGAAGAAGAAUAAUAAUAGGAACUUUAAGAACUAGCCUUAUAAUAUGAAGAUGGAUAUAUUUAUAGAGGACAAGGAUAUGAACCAGCUACAAGAGAAGGUUUUGGAGUCUUAACUGAUCAAAAUGAAAAUGAAGUUUAUAGUGGUUAUUGGUAAGAUAAUUAAUAUCAUGGACAAGGAAAAUUGAUUAACUAUUCAGCUCAAGAAAUACAAGGUCCUUUUGAUUAUAGAGAUCUUAGUAUCAUUGAAAAUGGUUGGUUAAGUUAUGAAGGUGAUUUCUUUUAGGGAAAAAUGUAAGGAAAUGGAACUUUAUAUCUUACAAAUGGAGAAAGAUAUUAAGGUCUAUUUUAUGAUGGAAUGAUUGAAGGAAAAGGAGUAUUUAUAUCUCAAACUGGAUAAGAAAUAGAAGGACUAUGGAGGGAAGGUGUAUUAGAAAAUUGA